AUGGCCCCUGUUCUAACUCGGGUCAAGAAAGAACAACUACGCAAACGCCGUAACAACCUGCUUCGCCGUCACAAUGAAUUUUGGCUUUUGUAUGGGAUCAAAAGCUGGCUGGUUAUGGAGCUCGCAGACGGUCAAAUUGUUACGUACUAUUCUCACCCAAACAGCACUCCACCAUCAGCGGAAGAUAUGAGAAACCGAGCCAAGGCCCCAAUUGUCAAAACCCCUCGCGAUUAUGAAACAACCAAUCCUAUCCAGCCAACGAUUAGGUUGGCCUCCAGCGUCGAUGCCACAGCCCGGGAAAGUGGUAUAUGGGAGGAUCUGGCGCAGUACCUAGAUGAAUAUCGUCGUGCAAUAGUAUGA